GUUUAUUAUACGUAUCUGUCCUGUCUAUAUAAGAGAGAUUAAAUGUUAAUAAUUUUAGUAUUACAAAGAUUUUUUACCAAAAUACUAAUCUAAGAUCUUUUACAAUGAUUUCAACAAAUCUAAUUUUUGAAAUUUUAUUAAUUGGGUGCGUUUUAGCUGGCCCUAGUCCUGUAAAGGACGACAAAAAAGAUGGACCUGUAAUUAUUCAAGCAACCAACAACACUCAAGUUCCUAGAAUUUUGUAUACUGUUGAUGCUGUAGAAUCUUUGCGGCAGGCCUUUUCCGUUUAUGCAGAUGAAUCUUCAAUAGCCAGCGCUUAUUUGGAAAUUUUUACUGUAAAACACCCUGGAAAUUGGAGUGUGGUUGUGGGCUAUACCACAAUAAUAUCAAAAUCAAACAUUUACAUUGAAACUCAGGUAAAUGGUGGUGCAACUUUAACAUCUGACAAAGAUAAAAAAGCCACAGCUGUGUUAUACAGGAUUUUUAACUAGAGAUAAGAAGUUGAUUUUAAAAAAUUGUAAUUAAUUUAAAAUAAAUACAGUACCUAUUAUAUCUAAGUAUCAA